CUGUAGCUUGUUACAGGCUGACACGUGUCUAAAAAUGAAUAACAACUCUAGUUUGUACUCGUCAGAUGUCAACCCAUUAAGUGCAACAACACCUUCCGAUGAGGAAGGAUUAAUACUAUUAUUAGCUUCAAGCCGGCCCAAGAAACGGGCCGGAAGGAAGAAGUUCAAGGAAACUCGCCACCCAGUUUAUAGGGGAGUGAGGAGGAGGAAUAACAACAAGUGGGUUUGCGAGCUACGUGAGCCUAGUCAACAAAAAAGAAUAUGGCUAGGGACUUACCCUACUCCUGAAAUGGCGGCUCGAGCUCACGAUGUUGCUGCAUUAGCACUUAGAGGUAAUCUAGCCACUCUGAACUUUGCUGACUCUCGUUGGCGGUUACCAGUGCCAGCAUCAAAGGACCCCAAGGACAUACGCCAAGCAGCCGUUAUAGCCGCACAAGCUUUUUCUCAGGAUACUGAAGUCGAUUAUAUGAAUCAUGAGGAAGUUAAUUCCAAUACUAUUGAUGAGAUUGAUAUUGCGAGGGCUAAUAAUGGGAGUAGUAGUGAUUUUAGCGCCAAGGAAUUGAGUAUGGAUAUGGAGAACAUUUUAUCUUGUAAUUGGGGAGAAGAUAACGACAUGUUAGAGACGGAAGGAUGGCGAGAAAAGAUGGCCGAGGAGCUUUUGUUUUCACCAACUCCACGUUUAGGUAGUUGUUUCAGUUGGGAUGACGUGGAAACUAGCGACGUCGAGGUGUCUUUGUGGAGUUACAGUAUUUGAUACCAACUAGCCAGUUAGUUACAAUCUAGGAAUAGCAUUUUACAAAAAAAGG